AUGAGGCAGACUUUUGGUUUUGGAGAAAAAAUUGCUUCAAGUAGCAGCAUAGAAUGUAAUUUCAACCACAUUAAACACCGCGUCUUCAAAAAUGAUCAUCUUCCAGUAAGAGUUGAUACAUUUUUAGAACAACUUACGUCCUAUUAUAGUGGUGAUCACCUUUUAAUUCAAGGAGAGUUAAAUAGUGAUUUAUGUAUAGAAAAUGGCAGAGGAGUUGGUGAUGAUAAAAAUAAUUUUAAUAAUAAUGAUUCCAUAAAUGACUAUUACGAGAAUGCUGAAUUGAACCAGGAAGAUUAUAUUGACAUAAACAAUGAUAGUAAUAUGAGCCACGACAUUCACAGCGACAACGAAAAAAACAUGAAUGAUGUUUACAACAACUAUAAUGAAGAAGACGAUAUUCUACUUGUUGACCAUCGAGGACUAUUACUUAAUGAUUAUACGGAUGGAAGUUCACUCAAAAGAAAUUAUGAAAUGCUUGGUAAUACUAAACAAUAUACAACAAGAAGAUCAUCUACAAAUGAAAUCACAAAGAUCUCGAGUGGAACUAAUAUUUUGCAUAGUGAACCACAGGCUUCUUCUCACCAGUCAAAUAUAACUUUAAAUACACCAUGUUUAAUGUGUCGAAAUGGUGAUUUACCCACUGGUGUGCACAAGUGUUUUGAAUGUGGAAAACCAGUUCAUCUUUUUGGCUGCUCAGUUGGAAUACCUAAUACAGAAGAAGGUUUUGGAGAAUACAAAAUUUGUCUUGAGUGCAAUAAAAAAAAAUUGAUUUUGGCAGAAUCCAACGCAACAGAAAUGUGGUGUAGAAAAGGAAAACGUAAAAAUUCUCAAACAAUUCGAACUUCUAGAUCUUACUUAGUUCAACAACCCGGGUUUGAGCUAUUAGAUCUGAAUAAAAAAGGCAAUAUCAUUUCUGUAGUUCUAUUAAAAAACGGUAAUGGUCUAAAUACUAAACCAAUUUUAUUUCCUGGCUUGGGAAAAUUUGUGAUUACUAAUACUUGCUCAGUGGAUUCAAUUUUAUCCUUAUUAGCUACAUCAGCAGCCGAUAGCCCAACAUUUAGAGAGUAUUUGGUUGGAACAUCGACGUUGAACAUGACUUCUAAUAUUGCUUUACAGAUGAUCAAAGAAAAAAAAAAAAGAAAUUUAUCUUAA